AUGAACCAGCUCGCAGUGCCAUACAAGCAAGCCAGCGAUAUUGACAUACCCAGCGCUGUAAAUGACUUUCUAACGCGUAAGAAUAUUCCUCCACAGUCGCUCGAAAGCGAUGUAUCCCGCUGGAGUGAUUUGCGACGUCGCUGCAUGCUACAACACGCCCAAAACAGCUUCCCUGAAUAUCUCCACCAGCUCACGUACAUAUCCACAAGACUCCCGCGCGACAUAAUCUCUUUCGACUUUGCCACCCCUUUCCCCCACACCGCCGCCUUCUCUACCGAGGAAAGCUACGCGCUCGCCGAUAUCCACUACGAGAAGGCCGCGCUGCUGUUCAACAUAGCCGCCGCCUUCUCCCAAUCCGCCGCCCAGCGCAGUCGCGCUUCCACUGACGGUAUCAAAGCUGCUAUCCAGGAUCUGCAGCUGUCUGCCGGUGCGUUCGACUUGCUCAGCGACUCCCUCAGCGCCCUCAAGACCCACACUGCCACCACCCCCGACCUCGCACCAGACUACAUCCGCACGCUCUCCACCCUCAUGCUCGCCCAGGCGCAGGAAUGCUACUGGCAGAAAGCCGUGCUGGAUAACCUCAAGAACGGCUCUAUAGCCAAGGUAUCGAUGGGUGUAUCCAAUCUCUACGAAGAGGCCUGCCAAUUCGCCCUCAACUCUACUCCUCCUCCCGCUGAUGCCCUUCCUCCGAUAUGGAUCGCGCAUAUGCAGGUAAAGGCACACCACUUCGCCGCUGCCGCGCAGUAUAGGCGCAGUCUCGAUGAUCUCAGUGCGAGCAGAUACGGACACGAGCUUUCUCGUCUCAAUCUCGCCUCGGAGUUAGUAAAGAAAGCGAUAGACUUCACCCAUCGCAAUCGAGUCCUGGAAGCAGUGAGACACGAUCUCAAAGGUCUGCACGAGACGGUGCUAGAGAGUCUAGCGCGGGGGACGAAAGACAACGAUUUGAUCUACCUGCACGAUGUGCCAACGCCGCACCAUCUGCCAGCGAUAGCGCCAGCGCGUAUGGUUAGAGGUGUAGUGGGGGUGUCACUGACGAGUCAACACCCUACCAUCCCUCCAGACGCCCUCCUCUUUGCACGCCUUACGCCCCUUGCUGUCGACGCGGCGUGCGAGCUGUGGGGCAAUCGCAAACGCAGCCGUGUGCGCGAACUUGAACAACAUACAGCCCACCUCGACAAGAUGCAAGCAGAGGCACUACACGCUCUUAAUCUCCCAGGGUCGCUGCAAGCGGGUGAUCGCCGCGCUGAUAUUCCCCCAGGUCUACUCAGGAAAACGGAGGAGGUGGGAUCUGAUGGUGGCUUAAACCUGCUCGACCGCCUCGUUGAUGAUGUUCAACUCCUCGCUCUUGGCUGCGAAGGCGUGCUCGACGAGGCUGUCGACUUGCUCGCGUUGGAGGAGGACGAAGAUGGCCGUGUGCGUGCACAGCAAUCUCAGUCGCAGCAUGAAAACGAUGCACACACAAACACAGCCGGUGUCGCCGAUGUGCAAGUCUCGUCUAUCGCUCACGCGCCCCUCGCGCAAGAGAUACAGUCGCUGCAGCACACCCUAGAGGCUGCGUCGCGGUCAGAUGGGAUAGUUCAGCAGAAAAUGGCGGCAGCACGAGCGGAUUUGGAGCUUAUAUCGUCGGAUGUGGAGUGCAUCAGACGGUCGUUGCCUAGUCAUAGCCAUACAGCACACGUACAUACUCAUGCGCACUCCCUCCCCGUCGACGAGAACACUCGCAGCCUGCGCAGUGCACUCGAGAAACUCGACGAUCUCGCGGAUGAUCGCAGAGUGCUUGUGCAGGACGUGAAGAGUAUUGUCAAACGCGACGAUAUCCGCACCAAAAUAAUCAGAGUGUUUGAGGAGAGCAAGCGGAGUGAGAGUGGAGUGAGCGAGGAGCACAACCAAAACAAUCAGCACACAGACACUGACACUGACACUGACACACUCAGCCAAUCAAAUAUGGCUAUAUUCGACGCCCUCUUUGAAGAUGAGAUGCGCAAAUACGACGAGAUUUUCACAGAACUCGAGACUAAUAGUAGCAGCCAAGAUGCGCUGCUUAGCACCACGCGACAGCUAUACAGCUUAUUCGAGAAGCGCAAGCAGACAGACGCGGGUUACGUCGCGCGCCAAGACAAGCUGCAAGCGCUCGACCUGGCCUACUACACGUAUAUAGAGAUAAAGAAUAAUCUCAACGAGGGACUGCAGUUCUACAACAAUUUCAGUCAGCUAGCUCAUGGACUGAAAGGCGGGGUGGACAAGUUUAUUCAUCACCGCAGACUUGAGAGACAAGUGGCGAUUGAGAAGUUGUCUAAGCACAUAGAGAGCCUCACGCUGCACGAGAGCAGAGAGAGCAUCACUAAUUCCCCUCUUAAAUCCUUUGCGAGGAUACCUGAUUCUCCUUCUCAUCAGUUCGGAGAGUGGGAUGAGAGUAAGCCGAUACGGUUUGGAUGA